CGUGUCAGAGGGAGCACAGAAGAGGGCAUGAGGACGUAUCCCGAUGAAGCAGCAAACAAACUCGUGUCGAUCACUUUUAUCUCGCCCUUAUAAACAACUUAAAGGCCACGCGAGAUAAAAACAACAACAAAGACCAAAACCGUCCUCGAUUGAUCUGGAAAGGAGACGCAGAGGAGCUCCAACUGACAGGCGUCCGCCAGAUAGCCCAGCCCUCCCCCCUCCUCCCUUCUUCGACACUAAUAAAGACGCAGAGACGAAGAAAGUUGUCGGGUCUCUUUCGCCAUUGAGUUGAUUUUGGAAAUUAAAAACCAAAAACGGUGAAGAUUUGACGGCCAUGGCGGACUACUUGAUCAGCGGGCAGACCGGUUACGUUCCCGACGACGGGCUGACGGGACAGCAACUGUUCAACGGAGGAGACGGGCUCACCUACAAUGACUUCUUGAUUCUGCCAGGCUACAUUGACUUUACAGCUGACCAGGUGGACCUGACCUCAGCCCUCACAAAGCAGAUUACCAUGAAAACCCCCUUCGUCUCCUCUCCCAUGGACACUGUCACAGAGGCCAACAUGGCUAUUGCUAUGGCACUAACAGGUGGUAUUGGCUUCAUCCAUCACAACUGUACACCAGAAUUCCAAGCCAAUGAAGUCCGGAAAGUCAAGCGUUACGAACAGGGCUUCAUCACGGACCCUGUGGUGAUGAGCCCCAAUGAGUGCGUGCGGGACGUCUUCCAGGCCAAGGCGCGCCACGGCUUCUGCGGCAUCCCCAUCACCGACAACGGCCAAAUGGGCGGCAAGCUGGUGGGCAUCAUCUCCUCCAGGGACAUCGACUUCCUGAAAGAGGAGGAGCAUGACCUGCCACUCAGCCAGGUGAUGACAAAGCUUGAGGAUUUAGUGGUUGCCCCUGCUGGAGUGACACUCAAAGAAGCUAAUGAAAUCCUUCAGAGGAGUAAGAAAGGUAAGCUGCCCAUUGUGAAUGAGGAGGGUUCCCUGGUGGCCAUCAUCGCUCGCACAGACCUGAAGAAGAACAGGGACUUCCCUCUGGCCUCCAAAGACCCACGCAAACAACUCCUUUGUGGCGCAGCCAUCGGCACGCACAAUGAUGACAAAUACCGACUGGACCUGCUGGUGCAGAGUGGGGUGGAUGUGGUUGUACUGGACUCAUCUCAGGGCAACUCGAUAUUCCAGAUCAACAUUAUCAAAUACAUCAAGGAAAAGUACCCACAUCUCCAGGUCAUAGGAGGCAAUGUGGUUACAGCCGCUCAGGCGAAGAACCUGAUCGAUGCGGGAGCUGACGCAUUAAGAGUGGGUAUGGGCAGCGGCUCCAUCUGCAUUACACAGGAAGCACCCCUACAUGUUCCACCAGCAAUAAAGCUCCACAGCCCCAAAACCCCAACCACUGUUACAGGAUAUUCCAUUCUGGCAUGUGGUAGACCACAGGCCACAGCCGUCUAUAAGGUGUCCGAGUAUGCCAGACGCUUCGGUGUGCCAGUCAUUGCCGAUGGUGGCAUCCAGACAGUUGGGCACAUCGCCAAGGCCCUGGCACUGGGAGCAUCCACAGUGAUGAUGGGCUCUCUGCUGGCGGCCACCAGUGAGGCUCCUGGAGAAUACUUCUUCUCAGAUGGUAUCAGGCUGAAAAAGUACCGAGGCAUGGGCUCACUGGAUGCUAUGGACAAGAAUCUGGGUUCCCAGACCAGAUACUUUAGUGAGUGUGAUAAGAUUAAGGUGGCCCAGGGGGUGUCUGGGGCAGUGCAGGACAAAGGGUCCAUCCACAAGUUCGUCCCCUACCUGCUGGCUGGCAUCCAGCACUCCUGUCAGGACAUAGGAGCCAAGAGUCUCACACAGCUACGAGCCAUGAUGUAUUCUGGAGAUCUGAAGUUUGAAAAGAGAACAACAUCAGCUCAGAUGGAGGGAGGAGUUCAUAGUUUGCACAGUUAUGAGAAGCGCCUGUUUUAAGGAGAAGAAAGUCCUAGUGCCCUGGAGAUGGAGAGCUCUACAAGCCAAUGCUUUAUGCAAAUACAGACGCACACUUUAGUUCUCAGAGUACAUGCCAUAACCUCUCCUUAAGCAUAGACACACAACACAGAGUGCUUAGUAAGUGCUCAUACAAAUGUAACACUAGCUAACCUUUCAGAGAAAUGUGCUGCACAGACACACAUUCAUACUCCACCAAGAUCCAUCAGUCUUCCUGUCUAUUACUCCCUAUGCAUUGUGUGUAUAUAUUUGUGUGUGUGUCUUUGUGUGUGGGACGGCAAAGCAUUUAUGAGUCAGAACUUGUGUGAUUGAGUCCUCUGAUGCCUUUAAUGUUGUGAUGUAACGAGACGUCCCCCAUGUUCAACUCAAGGUGAAAAAAGUGUCAUCCAUUAAGUUAAUAAAGCCUAUUUUUUUCCACAAGCUGCUGUUGUCUUUCACACCUGGUAAAUUGUUGAGACCAUCUGUGUUCUUAGAGGCUUUUUUUUAAUCUAUUUUUGAAAGAAUGGGCUGAAAUGGGUUGGAUUAAAAAUUGUGUGUUUAUGUCUAUGUAUGACUGCACUCGAGCAUAAGUGUGCGACAUUUGACACUUUAUCGCUUCCAGUAAAACCUUCAUGUUUUUCAUGGACAGCCUCAUUUAGACUAUCUUGUGAGUUUUGUCAUAUCAGUCACACUUCCAUUAAAUUUCACCAAAUGUUUCAUAGUAGUGCAGGUUUACAUGUGGGGAUUUCCUCAGCCCUCCAAUAUUUUCAUUUCUAACCUGUCAAAAUGAUUACUGUAUAUUAAACACUCCGUCUUCCAUGUUGACAUCUAUAAACUGUCUUUUAUUCACAUAAAUGGCAUUUCUUAUCAGACAUGUCAAAUUACAGUACCCCUCACGUAUAUUUUUUCAAAACUGCAUUUAGUUGACCCCAUUUCCAACAGAAGUUUAUAAUGAGCGGGUAGGGUGGAGGUUCAAUAUCUUGUUCAAGGACCCUUCAGGAGCCGUGGCAAUGCAUAGGACUGGCCUUGAGACCGAUCUGGUAAAGGGAAGUGUCUAACAACAAGGCUACGCUGCGAAAUUGUUUCCCUUUUUUUCUUUUGAGAAGUUGAGAUCAACAUCAGCAGCAAAAAACAAGAUGGGAUAAAGAUAUCGCAUUAAUGCAACUAUAAGAAUGUUUUAUGAACCGAUUUUAAAGGUGAAACUAACUCCGGGCAGUUGUUACAGAACUUAAUUUCAAUAGACUUAAUCAGAAAAUCUUCAAAUCGGAUUUACUUUGUGCAUAUACAUUAUUUCAGGAUAUCAGACAGAUAUAUUUCAGGGCGAUAUUCUCAUGAGAAAUGUUAAGACUCACUACCAGUAAAUGUGACUAUAGAGACUCUUUUUCUUAAUCUCCGUUUACCGUCCUUGCUGUCUUGGCUUUCAUAUUCAGUUUUUGUGUUAUUUCAUGUGAGAAUGCCACCAAACUGAAUUCCAUGUA